GAGGCGGAGGAGGAGGAGGGAGGUGGAGGGAGGUGACUAGCGAGCGGCUGCGCUUCAGACUCAGCGAGAGGAUCAUGGCGGAUGGCCCCAGGUGUAAGCGCAGAAAACAGGCGAACCCGAAGAGGAGCAGCGUAACAGAAUUCAACAAUGGCUUGGAGGCCAGUUCAGACUCAGAUGAUGAGGACAAGCUACACAUCGUGGAAGAUGAAAGUCUGCAGGACCCCGAGGUCGCCAACGCCGAGGGGGGCACGCCGGAGGACAGCCAUGACGCCGCCACAACAGUAUUAUCGCUCAACGGCUCCCUGAACGGAGUGAAGGAGGAGUGUGUGUCGGAAGAAGAGGAGGAGGUGGUGAAGGAGAUUCUCCAGCAGGGAGACACAGCCGUCAUCUACCCCGAAGCCCCCGACGAUGAGCAGAGUCCUGCAGAGACGGGAGGUGCAGAUGAAAAUGGCACCCCCGCCUUACACAUUUGCCCCUACUGCUCGCGGGGCUACAAGCGCAACGCCUCGCUGAAGGAUCACAUCAAGUACCGCCACGAGACCAGCGACGACAACUACAGCUGCUCGCACUGCAGCUACACCUUCACGUACCGCUCACAGCUGGAGAGGCACAUGACCCACCACAAGAGCAACAGGGAGCAGCGUCACGUUUCCCAGCCGUCAGGAGGACCGGCUGGUUUCCGCAAAUUCAAGUGUAACGAAUGUGCCAAGGCCUUCAAGUACAAGCACCACCUGAAGGAGCACCUGCGCAUUCACAGCGGUGAGAAACCCUACGAGUGCUCAAACUGCAAGAAGCGAUUCUCUCACUCAGGCUCCUACAGCUCCCACAUCAGCAGUAAGAAGUGCGUGGGUACUGCGCAACCCAAUGGUGUCCCUCGAACAUUGAUGAAAGCCCCUCCCCCUCCCUCCCAGACCACUCCGGUCGUAAUAGCUCCAGCACGCAUGAUUCUUAAAGAGAAGACUGACAGCAAACCCCUGCAGGAGCAGAUUCCCGUCACCCAGAUCAAAUCUGAACCUGUGGAAUACGCCUGCAAGCCUGCGAUGGCAGCAACCACCACUUCAUCCGCCACCAACGGCGUGGUGAACGGCGGCUCGACGCAGCCGGCCGUGGUUCAGGCUGCGACCCUGCCCCAGGGCGUGGCCAUGGUCUUACCCACGGUCGGCCUGAUGUCGCCCAUCAGCAUCAACCUGAGCGACUUGCAGAACGUGCUGAAGGUGGCGAUGGACGGGAAUGUGCUCAGGCAGGUGCUAGGCUCGGCGAACGGCGUGGUGACGCAAGGGAAGCAGGGAAUUGUAGUCCAGCAGCCGCAGCAGCAGAUCAUCAGCCUGCCGGCCUUCGUGGAUCACGACGGCACCACAAAGAUCAUCAUCAACUACAGCAUCAACCCUGCAACCGCGACCACUGCCACGACACAGCCUGCAGCGCUUGUUGCCAAAAACAAUCCUUUUCCCUCUGCUCCUACUGUCACCACUGCUGCAGCCCCCACCCCCAGCAAAACAGACAAACCCCCGACCCCAGAGGUGGCAGACCUCUCGCUCGUGAAGGCGGAGCCAGAAUCGAUGCCCAUCACGGAGUCAGACGCGGUCACACAAACGGAAAAGAAAACCGCCCGGACUUCAGACUCUCAGACGGCUCACAUGCCGAAAGUGAACAGCUCCAGUACGUGUUUACUCUGCGACGACUGUCCCGACCACUUGGAGGCGCUGCACCUUAUUCAGCACCGCAAAGCGGCCAAUGGGGAGGCGGUCGACUCGGCCGCUUUGGACCCGUCCUUCGCCGAUCUGUUGAGCGAGGCCGGGGUGACUCUGGAGGACCAGCCCGUAGACGACCCCCUCUCUCUCCUCAAGAGUUACUUUGCCUCGCACGCCAAGCCCAGCGAGGAGGAGCUGGCUAAGAUCGCAGAGUCCGUCAGUAUUCCUGUUGACGUGGUCAGAAGGUGGUUUGCCAAGAUGAACUCUGGGAAAAAAAAUGUGCAGCAACACCGCAACAAUGCCACAGCGGCGUCCAAAAAGAAUUCCAGUUCAAAGGACGCCUUGAAGGAGAAUGGAGAGUCCGAGGAUGACAGUACCCGUUUAACAUCCAACAGAGCGUCUUCACAAUCCAGCAGCGCGUCUUCCUCAGACUCCUCGCCACUCAACGGCGACCUCGUCAUCGUGAAGAGCGAGCCAGAAGACCCGGAGCCUAUCGACUCGCAGGCGGAGCCUCUCGACCUCUCCGUUCCCAAACACGUCGCAGCCGCGUUGGACGCUAACGUGCCCCCGGUGAAGCAGCAGGAGCAGCCCCUGAACCUGACCUGCCUGAGGAAGGAGCAGUACGAAGGGCGGACCAUCUACGUCGCCACGCCGCAGACCGGCAGACCCGUCAACAUCGUCAGCGCGGCGCAGCUUCCAACGUUGGUGGCGAUCGCGGGACAGGGAACAAUGAGCUGCCUGAGCACCAUCAACUCCACGACCAAGCGCACCAUCCUCAUCCCCCAGCUCACCUACACCUACGCCUCUACAGCCGGCAACGCCACCGGAGUGAAGACUGUGGUGCUCAACGGUCACACGCAGCUGCAGCAGCUGGACACCGGCUCAGACUGCGUAGCCCCGGCGGAGGAGGACAUGGACCCGGAUACAGCUGUGCUGGCUAAGAAGCCCCGGCUUGAAAAGGGCGUCUACCCCUGUGAUCUCUGCUCCAAGGUUUUCCAGAAGGGCAGCUCCCUGAUCAGGCACAAAUACGAACACACAGGAAAACGUCCCCACGAGUGCCCGGUGUGCAAGAAGGCCUUCAAACACAAACACCACCUGAUCGAACACUCGAGGCUGCACUCCGGCGAGAAGCCUUACCAGUGUGACAAGUGCGGGAAGCGUUUCUCUCACUCGGGCUCGUACUCCCAGCACAUGAACCACCGCUACUCCUACUGCAAGAACGACGGGUCGAAACCAGACCCCCGACCUCGCAGGCCCCACGUGGAGCUCAGCGGCCACGAGGCUGGACUGCAGUCAGACAGCCGGACCACCACCCCGCCCUCCCAGCUGGACUCAGACGAGAGGGAGAGCGAGGAAGACGACGACGACGAGGCCAUGUGCAUGGACGACAUCCGGGUCAUUCAGGUGGAUGACGGCGAGUGCGAGAUCUACGAGGGGAACUUUGAGGACGACGACGACGACGAGGAGGAGGAGGAGGAGGAGGAAGAGGAGGAGAUGGAUGAAGAGUCGAUAAGAAGAGCGGCGGCCAUGGACUUAGCUUGUGAUGUUGUAGAGGUGGAGCUGCAGGAAGAUCACGUGGUGGAGGAAGAGACGGGGGGGAAAAGUGAAGGAAAGGGAGUAGCAAGUGCAAAUAAAGAAAAACUGGCAAACUGUGAACCAGACUCUGAAAAAAGAGUCGUGGAGGGGUCAGAGAGUUCUGAACCCGCUGUGGACUUGAGGACAAACAUCAAGAAACCUGUAGAGGUCAAGGCGACAAACGGCGCCGAGCCUGCAGACGCCAUGGCGACAAACAUCGCUGAGAAUACAGAGGCCAUGGCGACAGACGGCGCCGAGCCUACAGAGGACAUGGCGACAAACAUCGCUGAGAAUACAGAGGCCGUGGCGACAAACGGCGCCGAGCCUACAGAGGACAUGGCGACAGACGGCGCCGAGCCUACAGAGGACAUGGCGACAAAUGUCCCUGAGGACUUGACGACAAACAUCGCUGAGGCCACUGAGGACAUGGCGACAAACGGCGACGAGCCUACAGAGGACAUGGCGACAAACAUCGUUGAGUCUACAGAGGACAUGGCGACAAAAAUCGCUGAGUCUACAGAGGACAUGGCGACAAACGGCGGCGAGUCUACAGAGGACAUGGCGACAAACAUCGUUGAGUCUACAGAGGACAUGGCGACAAACAUCGUUGAGUCUACAGAGGACAUGGCGACAAACAUCGUUGAGUCUACAGAGGACAUGGCGACAAACAUCGUUGAGUCUACAGAGGACAUGGCGAGAAACGGCGCCGAGCCUACAGAGGAAGCUACCACAGACAGUGCUGAACCCACAGAGGAAGAGGCAACAGAUGUCACUCAACAAACAGACAAAGUCCUGAAAGACGUCGUCAAACCUCCAGCAGCAGCAGCGGCGGCGGCAGCGGAGGAGGAGGAGGAGGAGGAGGCUACAGAUAUCACCCAACCUACAGAGGAAGUGACCUCAGACUGCGCCAAACCUACGGAUGAAGUAAUGACUGAUAGCACCGAACCCGCGGAGGAAAUGGCGCCAGACCGCGCUGCGCCCACAGAGAAAGUCACAGACAUUGGCCAACCCGCCGAGAAAGCGUUGAAAGACUGCGCCGAGCCCUCGGAUGAAGCGACGACGGAUGGCGCUCGACCUACAGAAGAAGCGACGACAGACGCCAAAUAAACGAAGGAAAAUCUGUCCGGGGGGCGGGGGGACAGUUUGAAUCCGUGACUCUCCUUGAAGUCGAGUUAUCCGAGACAAAACCGCAGAGAGGUCGUGAAGCGGCGGCGGUUGCCUGAUCUUAACGGUCCACUACUGUGUACAAAAACCCAGGUGUGCCUGAACUUGAAAACAGGAAAAAACAAAGACUUUUUUUUUUUUUUUCUUGUGGAAAAUGAAAUAUCAGUGUUGAAAUUGUUUAUAGAAGUACAGAUUUUAACUCACCCAUCAACUUGUUAGACUUGUUACUGAGACAUCCCAGGUUGUUUUUAUUGUUUUGUUUGUUUUCAUUUGGUCAGUGUUACUAAUCUCUUGACAUUUUAACCUGUAAAGUUGAGGAAGAUUUCUAUACCUUUUUAUUGCAAAUGAAGUUUCCUAAAUCAGUAUUUUAUUGAGUUCUACGAACAAAAACCUCUGCACUACAGUAUUCCUGGUUUACCUACGGAUACAUGCCUCAUGCAUCGUAUGCCCUUCAGUGUUAUAAAACGUACACUAGCUAGCCAGGUGUCGUUCAUGUGCGUGUUAGUUUGCUAGUUAGCGUUAGCUUUGUUUUCAGUUUGACUGUUAGCCUUAAAGAAAACAAAGUAAUCUUGGGGGUGGUGGGGGGGGGAGGGGGGAGAGGGGGGGGAUGGGGGAUGGGGAGUCCGGGACGAGAACGUGGCUUCUGGACGCCAUAACCAAAUUUAUCCAAUCAGGGAAGGUAGAGUCACGACCUCAAAGCCAGCAUCAGGCGCGUGUGUUUUGGUCACCCGGCGUCGCCUGAGCGGGGUGGAGUCUCCACGCCCUGCUUGGCUCGGCCGUGUCACGAAACGCGCGUGCCCACUCUUACCAAGCUUCUCCUUAUUUUGGUCGAUUUCUGUUCUCAGUGUUUCAGUGUUACUAGCUUGUAUAGAUAUAUGAAAUGUCAUACUGUACGUGAAGGAGCGGGGCCUGUUUCCCGCUCCACCCCAAUGCCUCCAGCCUUAUGCAAGACCUGUGUGCUGUUAAAAGUGCCAUUGAACAGUGUUAUUAUUUCUUCUUCUCACAUGUAGCCAGUAUUAUAUGUUCCUCUGUUACUUAAAAGACCCAUAUUGACUAAUGUUUGUGGACUUGCACAGAACAGCAGAUCUUUUUUUUUGCCAUAUUUACUGCGAGAAACGUAACUGUGAAAUGAAUUAGUUAACAUUUGAAGGCCUUUAAAAGUUUUUGGACCGCACAGAAACUCUGGAAAACAAAAUAUUAGAACUUUCUUAUUAUGAUUUAGCCCAUAUUAAAAAAUAAAAGGCAGACGGUCAAAAAGCCAAUUCUAAUUUAAAAAUGGUAGACUCCGUGAGUGAUUCUGUCUUCACACCAAUCUUAAACCCUUUAUAUCACAUUUUCUGAAUCAGCAAAUCCCUCGACUCGAAGAGCUGAAAACAAAAAGCGGACCGUAUUGUCAAUCAACAAAGUCCUCAGUAACUCACUUGACUUCUCUUCUCGGCUCUAGAUGGCGCUAAGUCGGCCCUACCUUCAACAUAUUUAGAAAAAGAUUGUGCUUUGAGUCCUGAUGCUUCUUGAAAAUGUGUUUGUUGAACAUGAAUUAUCAGUUUUGGAACAUCUGACAGUUUGUAGUUUCUCAACACUGUCCAAAGUAUUUCACUUUUUUAAAACUACAAUUUGAAAGAUUCUGAAGUGGAGAAAACGCUCAGCGAGCUAACCUGUGGAUAUGAAAUGCCUUUUAAACUUGAGAUAAUCACUUUUCCCGUCGAUGUUAGCAGUAAAAAAUAAAAACAGUGAGUUCAUUUGUUGGUUUGAAGAUGUUUACAGAAGUGAAUUCAAACAGAAAAUGGAACUUUUCAAAGCUAAAUCUUGACUUUUUACUCCUCAAGUUCGGCUCAGAAAGGCUUCAAAAAUGUAUUAACAAACUCAAGAUAAUUUUCAUGCGGAGCCCAGGAAGUCCAAAAAAGUAAAAUAAAAAUCUUGUGUGCACAAUAUAGUUAUUUUGUAAGUACAAGAUCCCUUCUUACUUGUAUAAUUUACUUAUGUUGUGCACCCAGUUUUGUCUUUCUUACGUUUUGGGACUUCCAGGACACCGUAGUUUCAAGUAUUUUGCAGACAGAUUUUAGAGUGACAUUUUAAAGUUGUACAGACUUCUGCACUCGUUUUCAGAUGGUAAAAAAAUGAAUAAAAAAGAGUUAGUGGCAAGCUGUCCCGCACUUCAGGUAACAAAUGUUAGUGAAUGUGGUCUCUGUUGAAGUGUUUUCAGUUGUUGAAGCCGAACAGUGUUUGAAAUAUGAGUCUGUUUCAAAUAGUUUGAAGUGUGUCGUCAGUAUGUUUUUUUUUGUUUUUUCCGACAAUGGCAGUAUUAGAACCCUUUUCACAGAUUUAAAAAAAAAUGUACCUGUUUAGUUUUUAGGAGACUUUUUUAUAUUUAUGUGUCUUAUUUUUAUAUUUUCUUUAAUGGUUAUUUAUUACACAUUGUAGUGUACAUUAAUGUAGUUUGAAUUGAUACAAUAAUAUAUUUUAGUAUGAAAAAUAAUCUCAAGACAAACAGAAAAAAAAAGCCCUAAUGUGGUUCUGGGAGCUUAAGUUUGUUUGAACAAAAAAAAAAAGGUAUAAAAAAAAAGAUAAAACAUGUAUUCUGUAAACUUCUGUUUGAAGCUAAAAGAGAAGAAGAAAAAACGCCAGGAAUGAAGAGAAUUAGAAACUGUUACAUGUGCAUCCGCUCUCUGCGUCGCUGCGAAGCUACUGAAUUCUACAAACUCUGUGAUUUAAAAAAAAAAGCAUGAGUCGUCGCCAUUUUACCGAAGGAUCUUGUUAUGAAGCCGUUCCUCCUCCCUCUUUACUUUGAAGCCAAAUUUGAGAUCAUCCCUCCACCCUGUUUUUUUUUUGUUUUUUUUCUGUUCUGUGCCAACUCGUUCCAUUGUAAUGUCCAAGGCUGCAUAUUGUUCGUUCUGUCCUCACCCUUUGUAAAUCCACUGUCUUUUUGUAUCGUUUUUAUUUUAGAUUUGCUCCAUUUUUAUGACUCCCCAUCACAAUAAAAUAUAAGAAAGUG